AUGCAUGUCCAUGCAUCCAACCCGACGGCCCACGACCGGUCGGUCGGCGUCUGGUCCCCCGGCGUUUGUCUCGAGUAUUUUGCGAUUCGGUGUGGCAGCGGCAAGCGGCAUGUGUUUUUUGCAUUUUGGACUGCGUUUUCGGUUUUGCUCAUGGAGCAAGUGGCUAAAAGCCACCUGCAUUUUGUGCAAAAAGCUGCAAAGGACUCGUGGAGGCACGUGGCGCUUUCCGCGUGUGUCUCGUGCAAAAUCCGGCAUUUUGUGGCUUUCAGUGACACGUACAUGUAA